UCACCCAGUGAAGACGGAAGCAGCCGGAGAUUAAAAAAAAAAUAAACUAAGCAGGAAGUUCUUCAGUGUAGUAAACAGAGCGGACGUUACUUGGACGAUUACAGGUUUUUCUGUAGUGUUUUAUUAACUUCGUUUUUUUCUUUUCAGCUUGAUUGUCGGAGCGCUGUGGAACAUCCAACAUGUCGAAUAUGGACAAACAGUUGUUUAACCUGAAGUUUGCUGCAAAGGAGCUGUCUCGAAAUUCCAAAAAAUGCGACAAAGAAGAAAAGGCAGAAAAGCUGAAGGUUAAGAAGGCUAUUCAGAAAGGAAACAUGGAGGUUGCUAGGAUACACGCAGAAAAUGCCAUCCGUCAAAAGAACCAGUCCAUCAAUUUCCUGCGUAUGAGUGCACGAGUGGACGCGGUGGCAGCAAGGGUGCAGACAGCAGUGACCAUGAACAAGGUAACCAAAUCAAUGGCAGGAGUUGUUAAGUCCAUGGAUUCCACACUGAAGAGCAUGAACCUUGAAAAGAUCUCAGCCCUGAUGGAUAAGUUUGAGCAGCAGUUUGAAACGCUAGAUGUACAGACUGCACACAUGGAGGACACUAUGAGCAGCACUACAACACUGACAACACCACAGAAUCAAGUGGACACACUUAUGCAUGAGUUGGCAGAUGAAGCCGGGUUGGACUUGAACAUGGAACUUCCCCAGGGCCAGACUGGUUCAGUUGGUACUAGUGUAGCUUCAGCAGAACAGGAUGAACUCUUGAGAGGGUCUGAGGCACGCCUGCGAGAUCAGGUGUAAAAGAUGGAGCUCUGGCCUGGCUGAACUGGCUGUUCAUAGCACAUUCAUUCUGGUGUAAAUGGGAGCGGAACAUCAUUAUUAAACUAUUGUACUAUACAGGCUAUACACCCUCUCUCUCUCUCUCUCUCUCUCUCUGCUACCUCAUGGCAGCCCCUUUCUGUCGUGUACAAAGCCCAUUUCAUAUUACCAUUUAGGGUGUGAAGCUACUUUUUGUACAGUUUAUCUACAGUGUGUUCCAAUUCAGGACUGUAAAAAACCAUUGCAAGAUAUUCCUACUGGGUAGAAACAUGGUUCCUGGACUGUCACUGUCAAAAAAAGUUGCCAACAAAGAGAGAACCUGUUGCCAUACCGUAUCUGCUGCUCCGCUAAGUGUUGAAAGAAGAAUUCAUGACUCGUUAAACCCAAAGUGGAGACGAGAUGUUUGCCUCUGAACACGUUACUGAAGGGCUAAAUCCGAGUGUAUGAAAAGUACACCCCCAAAAAAGCAACUCCCAAUGGGCUUAAUCCAAUUCACGAUAUUAUAUUUAGAUCGUAUUUGCCUUUUCUAAUGCUUGCGUACGAAAUGUGAAAUACUGACAUAUUUGAUUAUUAAUAUGCAAGCAAAAAAAAAAAAAAAAAACAAUAUCUAAUAUAUUUGUUGGUCUGCUUGAUUGUGGGAUUUUUUUUGUUUGUGUGUACCUUUUAUCUGGAGGACUUGGUUCUGAUUUGCAGAGGUAAAACAAUAGUUUUUUAACAUUUAAAUGUUUUUCUGGAUUCUGGCUUUCAUGUGAGAAUAAAUAUCAUAAAAAUUA